AUCCGUCCAAUUGAAAUUUGGGGGGUCUCGUGCUAGGUGCGUUUUGGUGCUAUCGGUCUCAUGACUUAAAUUACCCGUUGGAUUCGAUUUGUGAAGUUGUGUACGAAACGAAUUCGAUAUCAGAUAUGGUUUCGCUCUGAAGAUAUACUGUUCCGUUCGUGUCGGUGCUGAAGAAUGCACUCUUUGUGGUUAACUGGUAGGUUACUUUCCCGUGCAGUUUGGAAUGGAAUCGCGAAUAUUUCAAGUGCCGCCGAUCCAAAUAUCAACCGAAAAUCAGAACCUUAUCUAGUUUCCGCCGUUUGUGGCUUCUCGAAGGAGAGAAAGAUUCAAAGACUGAUCAAAGGGCAAUUUGGUGAUGAUGCUUGGUUUACGACCAGAUACAAAUCUGCGGAUGUUCUAGGCGUAGCAGACGGGGUAGGAGGUUGGAGAGCCUAUGGAAUAGAUCCUGGCGAGUUCUCCAUGCACCUGAUGAAAACUUGCGAAAGAUUGAUCAAAUUGGGAAGAUUCACCCCUUCAAACCCCUCGGAGCUACUGGCCCGAAGUUAUUAUGAACUAUUACAUCAUAAAAAGUCGAUUUUAGGUAGUAGUACAGCUUGCGUCGUAGUUUUAAAUCGUGAAAAUAGUACCCUUUACACAGCCAACAUAGGUGAUAGUGGUUACAUGGUGGUCAGAGGAGGCCGAGUCAUACAUAGGAGCGAAGAACAACAGCACUACUUCAACACACCCUUCCAACUUUCCCUACCACCUCCUGGUUACCAAGCCGAUGUGCUCUCAGAUCAACCAGACUCUGCCAUCACAGAAAAUUUCCCAGUGGAAGAUGGUGAUGUCAUAUUGGUUGCAACUGAUGGGGUAUUUGACAAUUUACCUCAAAAUCUACUGAUCAAUGAGUUAACCAAAGUUCAAGGAGAACGAUGUGCUAGUCGUUUACAAACGGUCGCUAAUUCAAUUGCAUGGAUGGCAAGAAAUUUGUCGUUUGAUGAAACUUUUAUAUCUCCUUUUGCUGAAAGUGCUUUUGCCAAUGGUAUUAACACAAUUGGUGGUAAACCAGAUGACAUAACAGUGAUCCUAGCUACGGUUGCAAUUUGAAAUUUUAGUCAAAUAUAGCCUUCUUAAUUAGUUGGAUCAUUCAUAACGCUGAAUAGAUGUACCAUACACACUAUUCAUUAAAUUUUAUUAUCUGCAAUUAACAUAAUAAAAUUCGUGGAAUAUCUUUGCAGAAUGAUGACAGAAAUGGUGACAUUCUGGGUUCAUUUUGCCGAGGUGAUCUGGUAGACUGAUAAUUUAGAGAAAUUCACAGUGCUGGAUUCAAAUCCAUAAAAAAAAGUUUAUGUUGCCUUUGGAAAACUUGAGUAAGCUUAAACUAGACUUUUCGAAUGUUCAGCACUCAAUAAUAUUUUGUGUUCUAAACAUGUGUAUAUAGUAUUCUACAAGUUAAUUUUUUUUUUAUUAUAUUAAGUUUAAAACUGUAAACACAUGUUGGUUAGAGAUCUGUGAAGGUUAAACGUCAUACAAUUAAUUAUUUAUAAAUGUGAAUUGAUAUCGAUGUUGCUUCCAUAACAAUUUUUUCAUUUUCCGAAAAUGCAGUUUAUUUAAGAUUAGCAAUACAAUUGUAUACCGAGGAAUAAUUUCGAAUCUUUUUCCCGAUUUAUGCAAUCCUAAAGAGCAUAUAAUUCGGUUUCGGGUUAAAUGUUCUACAGUGCUGAUUCUAAAAUCAAUCUUAAGGGAAUACGACGGUUGUAUUAGAAAUAUUGAGCCAAAUUUCCGAAAGAAUUAAGUUUUAGAUGUCCGUUUUAAACUUGAAAAUGGCCUUUCUUCAAAGAUGUCGUAUCAAAAAAAUAUGUAUUAGUGAGAUUUUUUUGUUACAUUGAGAGUGAGAGUAUGUACUAUUUUGAUGUAUGUUUGGACUGUCGUAUUUUAAGUUUUUUUUUUGCUUAGUGUUCAUAUAUUUUGCUAUGACACCUUUUUUUUUCUAAGUAAGAUGGAAAUGUUACAUAAUGAUUUCAGAACUAACUUCAAUGUGUUAAUAUUGUUUUAAAUAUUAAUAUUGUGAUUUAGUUCUGAGAUAGUGAUUUUCUUCUAUAAGGAAAUAAAUAUUAUAUCAAA